CUACUUGUCAAUUGAGGUUAUAUCAAAUGUUAUACGAAAUGAGUGAAGUUUUAUUAGAUUUAAAAUCGUUUUUACAUGAUAAAAACGAACCUGUAUUAAUAACUGAUGUUUUAAAAUGGGGCCUAUUAAAUUGGUCUUUGGAAGAUUGGAAAAACGUGCUUGAAGAAGAAGAAUUAGAGUUCCGAUUAGGAGUUUUUGAAGCGACAGAAAAACCGCAGUGGGAAAGAACUUGUAAAUUAGUGAGAAAUAACUUCGAUUAUUUAUUAAAUCACGUUAAUAACAAUACAAAUGAGUGGUUAUAUUUUGAUUACAAACAUUUGAAUAGUUGGUUUAAAAAUAUUGAACAAAGUAUUAAUUGGAGUACAAUUGGAUUUCCGGACGUUAAACCCGAAGAUUGCACCAUUUGGAUUGGUACAAAAGGUGCACAUACACCAUGUCAUUUAGAUUGUUAUGGUUUUAACUUAGUGUAUCAAAUUUAUGGAAAAAAAUUAUGGGUUUUAUUUCCACCAGAAGAAAAUUUACUACCUUCUAGAAUACCAUAUGAAGAGUCAAGUAUUUAUUCGAAGUUAAAUUUUUUUAGUCCGAAUUUGAAUGAUUUUAAAGGUAUAUCGAAAUGCCGAAAAAUCGAAUUGAACCCUGGCGAUAUUCUGUUCGUUCCUCAUAAAUGGUGGCAUUACGUCGAAAAUUUAACCACGAGUAUAUCAGUUAACGUUUGGCUGCCCCUGGUGGAAGAUCACGAAGAACGUUUUAAGGAAUCCGUUGUACAAUUUUUCGCGAAACAAAUCACCGACUUAUCGAGUAAUGACGUCAAUAGAAUUAUUUUGAACCCGAAUAUGGAUGACGUAAUUUUGGAAAGUAGCGAAUCGUUAAUGGACAUUUUGAAUAAAUGCAAACGUAUUUGUAAAGAAAAUUUGUCUUCUAAACGCGUUUUGGGGUCGAAAGAGAGGGGGGAAACGCAAAAAAUCGUUACGGAUAUAAACGAUUUCGUGUCCACUAUUCCGGUGAUGUCGAAAGAGGAUUUUACGCUCUUCUUAAAUAAACAAAUCGAUAGAUUUAAUGGUUCCAAAUUGAAAGAACAUCCUGUAUAUAAAAAGGAUGAUAAUGUCGAAUUAUUUGAAGCGAUAACUGAUCCUCGAGUGAUUGAACUAAUUACGAAUAUUUUGUUGAAAAAAUAAAAUUUUGAAAAUA